AUGAGUAGUAAUACAAAUACAGAACAAGAAACAGAAGUUUUUUCACAAAAUUUUGUAUCUGCUGGUCGAUAUCGAGGUGGUCCUCAUGGCGUCGGUAAUCCCAACGACAAAAGUUUACGAAAAGUCGAAUUAGAAGUUUGUAUACCAGGUAUUAUCCGAGAACGUGCACAUCGAGAAAAGUGCCAUGAUUUGAUUAAUGAAUUUGGUAAAUGUGGCGAGCAACAUGGUGCAUGGUCUUUCC